AUGUCUAAUGGCUAUUCGCAUUCGCUAGCUACCGACGAUUUCGGGGCUGAUGCCGAUGAGACCACAAAGAGCGAACACAGCCCAUCCGAACCCGGCGAGUCUCAUCCUGUCUCCGAGUCCUCCCCCGAGCCCGAUGCCGCGGAUGAUUUAUACGAUGCGGAUUCUCCUGCCUCGGAUGGAGAUGAUGAUGAUGUCGUGAUGGAAAACAGUGAUGAUGAAAUGGAUCAGUCAAGUCGUGAAAACUCUUCAUCACCACACGUCGACCGAGGUCUCAAGCGCAAAUCGCCGCCGCCGGACGAACGCGACUAUAUCAACCAAAAUGCCGAUCUAUUCGGACUUCGUCGCAGUGGUCGCGCGCGCACUACGCGUCAUCUCGUUGACACAUCCGAUUCGGAAUCAGAUUCUGUGGCUCCGCGCUCUAAACGUCGACGCAAGGAGCCAUCCCAGCAGCCCUCGAAGACCUCACGGUCGGCUACCGCCUCAUCGUUCUCGGACUCAGAUAGUGAUGAGUACGGCGGGAAAAGUGCUCGCGCAAACAAGGCGAGACGCCGUCGUCUUCAGGAAGCUGCCGGUAUGGACGAAUCUUUCAACGAAGUUCGCUUCUCUACCCGGAACGCGUCCAAGGUGUCUAACUACAACGAGGAUGAGGAUGAUGGGAUAUUUGAAGAGGACCCUGAUGAACUCGGCGCGAGCUACUGGGAAAACACUUACGAGGAAGACACCCGGCAAGCCGUUGAUGUCGUCCUUAAUCAUCGGCUGAAGGACGGCGUCGACCCUAACAGCCCAGAUCUGAACCGCCAAGACUUUGAGUUCUACAUCAAAUGGCAAGACCAGUCAUAUUAUCACUCCAGUUGGGUGCCCAACGAAGAUCUUGUGAAUUAUCGCAGCACGCGUCGGGUGGACAACUAUGUUCGCAAAGUGCUCAAUGAGGAUAUCCGCCUUAAACACGAUCCAAAUGCUCCUCCCGAAGAUCGGGAAAAGUGGAAUCUCGAUCGCGAGAGGGAUGUUGAGGCAAUUGAGGAUUUUAAACAAGUCGAACGAGUCAUUGGUGUUCGGGAAGACAAUGGUACAACAGAAUAUCUCGUCAAAUGGAAACGGCUCUAUUACGACUCGUGUACGUGGGAGCCCGAGGACCUUGUCAGUGAAAUUGCACAACGUGAGAUCGAUCGCUUCAUUGAUCGCUCUGCUCGCCAUCCUGUUUCGGACAAAUCCGAAUCGACUCCAUCUACACGUAAGCCGUUUGAGCCCAUUAAAGCCUCACCAAGCUUUCUGCAAAAUGGCACAUUGAAGGAUUUCCAGGUCAAGGGCCUGAACUUCCUUGCUUUCAAUUGGGUCAGAAACCACAAUGUGGUAUUGGCCGAUGAGAUGGGACUGGGAAAGACCGUGCAAACCGUCUCGUUCAUCAACUGGAUGCGCCAUGUUCGUCGGCAACAAGGCCCCUUCAUCGUUAUCGUUCCUCUGUCAACAAUGCCGGCAUGGGCCGAUACCUUUGACCACUGGACUCCUGACCUCAAUUAUGUGGUGUACAACGGCAGCGAAAAGGCUCGGAGUGUCCUUCAUGAUUACGAGUUAAUGGUGGAUGGCAACCCCAAGCGGCCAAAGUUUCAUGUUCUGCUGACAACUUACGAGUACGCUAUGAAUGAUUCUCCAUUCCUAGGGCAGUUCAAGUGGCAAUUUAUGGCGGUUGACGAGGCGCACCGUCUCAAGAAUCGUGACUCGCAACUCUACAUGAAACUGGUUGAUUGGAAAUGUCAGGCUCGUCUCCUCAUUACGGGUACUCCAAUCCAGAACAACCUUGCGGAGUUAGCAUCUCUCAUGGAUUUCUUGAAUCCUGGUGUCAUUAAGGUGGAUGUGGACAUGGAUCUCAACUCUGACGCCGCAUCACAGAAGUUGGCCGAAUUGACGGAUGCCAUUCAACCUUACAUGUUGCGACGAACUAAGUCAAAGGUAGAGUCUGACCUUCCGCCGAAGACGGAGAAGAUCAUUCGAGUCGAGCUCUCGGAUGUUCAACUUGAGUACUACAAGAACAUCCUCACGAAGAACUACGCUGCGCUCAACGAUGGUGCGAAGGGAAUGAAGCAAUCACUUCUGAACAUCAUGAUGGAAUUGAAGAAAGCGAGCAACCAUCCGUUCAUGUUUCCCAACGCGGAGGCAAGGAUUCUUGAAGGGAGUACCAGACGAGAGGAUAUCUUGCGUGCUAUGAUCACCAGUAGUGGAAAGAUGAUGUUGCUCGACCAACUGCUUAGCAAGCUGAAGAAGGACGGCCACCGAGUCUUGAUCUUCUGUCAGAUGGUUGGCAUGCUCAACAUCCUCAGCGAGUAUAUGGAGUACCGCAACUACAAAUACCAGAGGCUGGACGGAACCAUUCCUUCGGCCGCUCGUCGGUUGGCGAUUGAGCACUACAAUGCUCCCGGAAGUACCGACUUUGCGUUCCUCCUUUCAACUCGUGCAGGUGGCCUCGGAAUCAACUUGAUGACUGCGGACACCGUUGUUCUCUUUGAUUCUGACUGGAAUCCGCAAGCGGAUCUGCAGGCUAUGGCUCGAGCUCAUCGAAUCGGGCAGACCAAGCCCGUCAGUGUUUACCGCCUUGUCUCAAAGGACACAAUCGAGGAAGAGGUCAUCGAGAGAGCUCGCAACAAGCUUCUGCUCGAAUUCAUCACUAUCCAACGGGGUGUUACCGAUAAGGAAGCCUCGGAGAUGCAAACAAAAAUGUCUCGUGUCAUCGGGGAACCUAAUUCAACGGAUGACAUCUCCCGAAUUCUCAAGCGUCGUGGUCAGAAAAUGUUUGAGCAAACUGACAACCAGAAGAAGCUGGAGUCGCUUGAUAUUGACUCUGUUCUUGCCAAUGCUGAAUUGCAUCAGACCGAGGAAUCAGAACAAAUACAGGCAGAUGGUGGUGAGGAAUUCUUGAAAGCCUUCGACUUUGUUGAUAUCAAGGUCGAUGAUCUUAGUUGGGAUGAAAUCAUUCCGAAGGAGCAACUCGAGUCGAUCAAAGCUGAGGAGAAACGAAAGGCGGAUGAGAAGUAUCUUGCAGAAGUCAUUGAGGAAAACCAGCCUCGCAAACGCCAAGCCGCCACACAAUCGCGGGAUUCGCGAGAAGAACGCAAGGCCAAGCGACAAGCUCGGGCUCAAGUCGCCAUUGAUGAUGACGAUGAUGACGACAACAGUUCCUUGGACCCGAAGCGUCCUCUCGGUGAAAAGGAAUACCGUGCUCUUUCUCGUGCCUUUCUUCGCUAUGGUGACAUGGAUGACUGUGAAGAGCUUAUCCUCGAGGAUGCCCGGCUGCAGAGUCGUGAUCGGGAGACUGUACGAGCUGCUCUCCGGGAGAUAACUGACAAGGCUGAAUCCCUUGUUCAAGAAAAUUUGGCGCAAAUGGACGCUCUGAAGCAAAGCGGCAAAAAUCCCACCAAGAAGGAGCAAAAGGCGGUCUUGUUCGACCACCAAGGCGUGAAGCGGUUGAAUGCCUGGACCAUCGUGGAUCGGCCUCCUGAUAUGCGACUUGUUCGGAAGAUGACCACCUCUCUUCCAGAUUUCAAGACCUUCCGUCUCGCGGAAGCCACCAAGCUGGCUGAUUACAGCUGCCCUUGGGGCGCUCGAGAGGAUGGAAUGCUCUUGGUCGGUAUUGGUCGUCAUGGAUUUGGUGCUUGGACUCAGAUCCGCGAUGAUGCAGACUUGGGUCUUGGUGACAAAUUCUUCCUGGAAGAGCAUCGCGUGGAAAGAAAAACACAGCGUCUCCAGGGUGAGGAAAAGUCCACCAAGUCCCCAGGUGCUGUUCACCUUGUCCGUCGAGCGGAGUAUCUGCUUUCUGUUCUAAGGAACAAAUACAGCAGUGGCAACAAUGCCAUCGCAAGGCGUGCUGUUGACAAUCACCACCGGAACAACAAACGUAAUUCUCGCCUUGGCAGUGGCAGCGUCUCCGCAUCCCCUGCUCCAUCCUCGCGCAAAGGACACCGUGAAGUUGAUCGUGUGCGCCAGCGGUCCCAUACCCAUGGCAGCAGAGAUGGCGGUGACCGUCAUCACACACCUGGUCAUGAUCGCCCGAGGUCCGGGCACGAUGUUAAUCGUCCCCGUCACCGCAUGUCCGAUGUCAGCACUGACGAGCUUCGCCGGCGCAAAUCUCAAGAAAAUGGUGGUUCUAGCAAGGAGAAGGAAGACAUGACUUUCAUGGUGUUCAAGCCCAUUGUGGGUAUCUUGGACAACGUAUCCAAGAUUACAGCUAAGAAUUAUCCGGACAAAUCCAAGCGGGCACAUGAGCUCCGAACUACCAUCAUGAAGAUCGGUGAUUUUAUUCGCGAAACCUUGGGAAGCAACAAGGCCAUGGCUUCCCUCGAAAAGCGAUUAUGGGAUUAUGUCUCUGUCAACUAUUGGCCUAAUAGGGAAGUAACUGGUUCCAAACUUCAAGCAAUGUUCCAAAAAGUCCAAGAAGCAAAGAAUGCUUCAAAAUCGUCGAAUGGUGCUUAG